ACGCGUGGUAGUCGGCCAGGCAUCGCAUCAUUUUGUGUCCGGCCCAGCGCGCGCGCGCUUCUACUACUUUUCCCGCCAAAAAAGUGAAGUGACGUUUCACGUAAUUGUGGUUUGACAAUGACAGUGCGUUUCUAUAAACAAAAAAAGUGAUUCCAAUAUUUGAAAUUAAAAAUGACUGCUGGAACUGAAGAGCAGGAGCCUCUGAUAUCCUCGUCGGUUGAAAAUCAACGAGUUUCCUAUUCUACGCCACAGAAUGGCAAUUCUCCAAGCGACACGCCACGCCAAAGUGGGGGUGAGGUCAACCUGGCUAUUACCCCCUCUCGUAACUACGGGGCCAUAGGAGGCGUGGAGAAGGUAACCUACACCUGGGCAGACGUCAACGCCUUCGCGACCCAGACCAGGUCCAGAAGGAGGCUUUGGAACUUCUGGAAGACUUCUUCCGAUAGGAUGUUCCAGCAGAGGAAACAGUUGUUGAAGAAUGUCAACGGGGCAGCAUACCCGGGCGAGUUGCUAGCCAUAAUGGGUUCCUCCGGGGCAGGCAAGACCACACUGCUCAACACCCUGACCUUCAGAACCCCAAGCGGCGUGGUAUCCAGCGGCACCCGGGCGCUGAACGGCCAGCCAGCCACUCCUGAAGCACUAACAGCAUUGUCGGCUUAUGUGCAGCAACAAGAUUUAUUUAUUGGCACGCUGACAGUCAGAGAACAUCUCAUCUUUCAGGCUUUAGUGCGUAUGGAUCGACAUAUACCGUAUGCUCAGCGCAUGCGCAGGGUUCAAGAAGUUAUACAAGAGUUAGCGCUGUCAAAAUGCCAGAACACAGUGAUCGGCAUCCCCGGUCGCUUGAAGGGGAUAUCUGGGGGGGAGAUGAAGAGGCUGUCCUUCGCCAGUGAAGUCCUGACUGAUCCCCCACUCAUGUUCUGUGACGAGCCCACAUCGGGACUGGACUCAUUUAUGGCACAAAAUGUCAUUCAGGUACUGAAAGGUCUAGCACAGAAAGGUAAAACAGUUGUGUGCACGAUACACCAGCCGUCGUCGGAGUUAUACGCCAUGUUCGACAAGCUGCUUAUCAUGGCUGACGGCAGAGUAGCCUUCCUCGGCUCGCCGGACCAGGCCACGGAGUUCUUCAGAGAAUUGGGAGCAGCAUGCCCAGCUAACUACAACCCAGCAGACCACUUCAUCCAGCUGCUCUCAGGGGUGCCAGGCAGGGAGGAAGCCACCCGGCACACGGUCGACACUGUGUGCACUUCGUUCGCAAAAUCUGAAAUUGGAUGCAGGAUUGCUGCCGAGGCUGAAAAUGCACUGUUCCAUCAGAGUAAAAUAAGCGGCGGCUGGGCGGACGCAGCGUGGGCCGGCACGGUCGCGCUGCGCUCGCGCCGGUCGCCGUACAAGGCGUCGUGGUGCGCGCAGUUCAGGGCCGUGCUGUGGCGCUCCUGGCUCUCCGUCACCAAGGAGCCCAUGCUCAUCAAAGUGCGCUUCCUGCAGACCAUCAUGGUGUCCAUCCUGAUCGGCGUGAUAUACUUCGGGCAGCACCUGGACCAGGACGGCGUGAUGAAUAUCAACGGCGCCAUCUUUAUGUUCCUCACUAACAUGACCUUCCAGAACAUCUUCGCUGUCAUCAAUGUAUUCUGUUCAGAACUGCCCAUAUUCAUCCGCGAGCACCAUUCAGGGAUGUACCGGGCGGACGUGUAUUUCCUAUCGAAGACGUUGGCUGAGGCGCCAGUGUUCGCCACUAUACCACUGGUGUUUACCACCAUAGCGUACUAUAUGAUAGGACUGAACCCCGCCCCGGAGAGGUUCUUCAUAGCGUCGGGAUUGGCAGCGCUAAUCACAAAUGUUGCCACUUCUUUCGGGUACCUGAUCUCCUGCGCUAGCAGCAGCGUCAGUAUGGCCGCAUCAGUCGGCCCACCCAUCAUCAUUCCUUUCAUGUUGUUCGGAGGGUUCUUCCUCAACUCUGGGUCCGUGCCACCAUACCUGGGCUGGAUCUCCUACUUAUCCUGGUUCCGGUACGGGAACGAAGCCCUCCUGGUCAACCAGUGGUCAGGUGUCGACUCCAUCGCCUGCACCAGGGAGAACUUCACCUGCCCCGCCUCUGGGCAAGUGGUACUGGAGACUCUCAGCUUCUCUGAGGAUGACUUCAAAAUGGACGUAGUGAACAUGGUACUCCUGUUCAUUGGCUUCAGACUCCUUGCGUACAUCGCACUGCUGCUGCGCACGCGCCGCGGGAAGUGAUGAUCCACUGCCGUCGCUGUCCAUGACUAUCUAGCUGUUUGGAGCGUGCUCCAUAUUGCCUGUUGUAUUGUUACUAAAUAGUCUUUGAUUAUUUAUAUGACAAAGUUAGUCCAUUAACCUAAAUAUCCACUAUAAUCCAUGGAUAUAUUUUUUACUAUUUUUUAUUACCUUUGUAAGUUAUAUAAAACCAAAAUUAUUAUUAAUUGUUCACAAAAUUAAUAAAUAUUCACAAAAAAGAUAAAGCAAACUUUUUAAGCUAAAGUAGGUUUUGUCAAUAUCGCAAUAAUAUAAUAUUUUACCUUAACUUUAUUAUAUUCUUUUGGUUAUUAAAAAAAUAUUUUUGAUUUGUUUAGUUCAAAAUUUUCUUUUGUUAAUUUCAAUUGAAUUGAAGUGUUUGUUUAGAUGAUUUUAUACAAUACAAACUAUCAACUAAAUUAUCAACCAAUCAUUUCUGCUAAAUUGUUUGUAAUUGUUUGAAUUUUAAAUAUUCAGUACAUACA